AUGACAUUAGAACAAGCUGUUGAAAGAAUUGUUCCAUUAGUUUCUGGUCUUGCAGAUUAUACUGCUCGAGCUAAACAAAAUUGUAAUAGAAACUCGGCCCUUAUAACAUGGGAUGAAUCGGCAGCAAUUUAUCUUUACUCAAUGCAAACAGGCUUUUUUUCCAUGCUCAAUAAAGCGCUUCGAGAUGAAAACCGACAUGUUCUGAAACCGUGGUUCGCCUACUUGAAACUAUUUAUUACCGCUCUCGAGAAAUUACCGUCACUCGAGAUUAGGGUAUGGCGAGGAGUUGCAGGCAACGUUUUGUCCAUCUUUAUACCGAAUAGCGUUCAAACUUGGUGGAGUGUAAAUUCAUGUUCAACGGCUCUCGAUGUCAUUCAAGCAUUCGUAGGAGAAAAGGGGACAGUGUUUGCUAUUGAUGCGAUUCAUGCAAAAGAUGUAUCGGCGUACUCGGUAUUUCCACAGGAGCAAGAAGUUAUUCUUAUGCCUGGAACUCAAUUACGUAUGAAGAGCAAUUCAUUCAACUUUGAAAAUCGUUUCUUCAUUGUCGACUUGAAAGAAGAACCUAGCUUGAGGUAA